CGGAGAACUGCCGUGCCUCCUGAAUGAUGUAUCAUGACUAGCCCUGCGAGAUUCGGGACGAAAGAUGAAGAGCCCUUUGUUGCGACAGACGCCCUCCAAAGCGCCAUGAGUGUUCAUGGCUUAACGCCCCCAAGUCGACCGGCUUACCCUCCGUCAUUGGCCGACUGGGAAGACUACAAGCCUAUCAUCCACAAGCUAUACGCCCAAGAAGGGCGAAGCCUCUCCGAGGUGCAGAGGACUCUCUGCCAGAAAUACCACUUCAGAGCGUCGUGUCGCUCAUACAAGAACAAGCUCAGGUCGUGGGGGAUUCGCAAAUACUACCGGGCGGGAACUCCCCAGUCGAAUCCGCCGGGCAUCUUGUUUGAUCCUAACACGGCUCUGAUCUCUACCUUCAAUAGCGAGUUCUCCGCGGGAAGGAUCAAGACCGAAGACGAUGGCCAGUUCAUCACGGGCUCACCGUCGCGGAUAAGCAGUUUUCCUCGGGAUGGGUUCGCGCUGCCUGCCGCAUUUGAUCACAAAAGUCCAGCACUGCGACAGGGCACACAGCAAGAGCUGGUCAAGCGACUCCGUGAUGUCCCGAGUUCAGUGCCCAGCUUCUUUAUCAAGCACGCGAUCGAUGAUCCCGCCGAGUCAAUCGUUUUGGCCACUGAUGCCUUUGUUAGGUCUUUCGCAGACAGCCCGCCUCCGCCCACCCCCACCGACGCGCCAAUCAAGCAGAUCAAACCCUUCCGCCGGCGGAAAAAUUACAUCUGGCACCAGUUUCAGCACGGUCUGAACCUCUUGGAGCAAGGCGACGUCCGCACCGCAUUUGCAGACUUCCAAAGGGGCUGUGCCAUGGCUGAGGAGUAUCUGCUUCGCCCCUCCAAAUAUGCCCUGGUAAGUCUGUUGCUGGUCAUGGGGAACCGCCGCUGGGAGCGCCAUCAGCAGGUCUGGGAGUCGGUCUUGCGGUUCAUGUCCUCCAUGUCCGCGAAAGCGCUGGGGAGCCAGCACCCUCUGGCCCAUAUCAUGAGAAGGAUCAUGGACUGGGACCUGAUGCGCGGCGUCGCGCAGACUUCCCUGACCGUCAUGUUAGACCUGAACCAACGGAAACUGGGACCCGCGCACCCGGACGUCCUCCUUCUGCAGCAGAGCCAGUCGGUCGAGCUGAUGCGCCAGGGCGACUUCGAGCGGAGCGAGUCUCUGGUCCAGGACUCCUGCCGCGUGAGCCGCCAGGUCUACGGGCCGUCCAGCCCGGCGACGCGCAACUGCCUGCGCCGGCUGGGCAACCUGUACCUCGAGCAGCAGCGGUGGGACGACGCGGAGAGCGUGUUCGAGAACAUCCUCGCGCUGGACUCCGCGGCGAACGCCUACCGCGGCCCCGGGGACGAAAGCAGCGUCUUCACCUGCCAGAACCUGUCACUGGUCAACUGCCGCCGGGGCGACCUGGCCAAGAGCCACUACUGGGCCCAGCAGGAGCUGGAUCUGGCCCUCAAGAUCUACGGGCCCGAGGACGAGUACUAUGCCGACUGCGUGAGGCGGCGCGCCGCCCGGCUCAAUGGGGAGCCUCCGCAGAAGUGGUUCUCGUGGCUGGAGGUCAGCUGAAAGGAGCUGGUGGACGUCACCAAGCCUUUUGAACCCCGGUGCUCUCUUUGGGACGGGACAGGUCCUUCAAGAGGAGACGAUUACAUGGACUUUGGAUUCCAUUGGAUCUGAAGGACUGCUGGAAGCAUCGGAAACGGAACAAGAAGUCCCACCUACGCGCGACGAACAGCCUACCAUCCGCAAACAACUUGAUAGGCUACGGUAGAGCAAUCUCGUCCGUCAAUUAUGGCUCUUGAGAUUGGCAGGUCAAUUUGAAACCGCCCGGGACAUCCCUCUGAAAGAUACCCUGCGGAUCAUACACUCGACUUGCGCGCCCCAGUCUGGCGAAGUUCUCCGGCCCAUAACUCUGCAUUAGAGUCUGACCUGGAUCCGCAUAAUUCAGGUGUCGAAACCGGUGAAGCAUCCCCUGCCCCGCGGCGAGAGCGUCAAGAUUCUUACCAACACAGACUGCGCGGCGCGUUCCACCAGGCUGUUGGCCGGGCUGUCCGGCCACAGCGCGGAGACGAGGAGAAUAUAUGUGUUCCCAUCGGCGAUCGACGUCCCGAGCGAGUUCCCACCCCUGGCUGAAGUGUCAGACGAGAUGAUGGUCGGGAGUGGCUCGAAGGCGAUACUCCACACCACCCCGCCGGGAACGGUGAAGUUGUAGAGGCUGGCGUUGAGGAGGUCGAAAGUCUGCUACAUCAGCGGGGCGGAGGCGGUGUACGCGCCCGUCCAGAAGAGCCAGUUCUUAGAAUUGGAGGCGUGAGCAGUGGGCUCGGCAGGCUUUCCCGAGGGAUAGCAGAGGGGGGAUUCGGGUAUCUCACAUCGGCGGCGUUUGGCUCUCGUUCGCAAACGUCGACAGAUUCGUCACCAUCGUCGUGUUGGACAGGCUGGGAAUGGCUUUGUGGCCUUCAGUGAGCGGAAUGCCGGCGGGUCAGGGUCCGGGCGUGUAUAGACGGCCGAGUUGCUCAGCGUCCACGCCUUGCUCGUAGCGUUGAACAAGAGGCCUGUCACGAGGGAGACGAAGGGGUCAAACGGCGAGGCGGUGGUCAAGUUGGUGAAGGCCUCGAAGACCCGUUCCCAUUCGGCGAUGGCGUGGCUGAGCGUCGUGACCGACACGUCUCCCUGCGCGAUCGUGGCGAGGUCGACCUGCGUGACGACCCC